AGCCGGGUCCCCGGCCCCGCUGCUGCCCGCGCCGAGACCCAGCGAGAGGCGGCGCGGCCCCGGCGCUCCGGGCUCCGCGCUGCCGGCGUCCGGCCACCCCCGCCGCCCGCGCCCGAUCCGGCCCCCCACGCCCCUCUUCCCUCUCCCGCACCCCUUCGGUCCCCACCCGAAGCCGCACGCCCCUCUCCCCAUACCCGGCUCCACGACUCCGCGCGUGCCUCCCGGUGCCCUCUCCCCGCGCCCCUCCGCCUCUCUCCGCUGCGCCCCAGCUCCUUGGGCACCUUGCCCCUCUCUGCUGGCCCCCCAGCCUCCUUGUCGCGUCACCCGCACCCCCUCCUCUACCCGCAGCCCCCGCUCCCUCCGCCCCCCUUCCCUCUCUCACUUCCCACGCCCCCUCUUCGCGCUCCUCUCUCCUCCCUUUGCCGCCCAGCGCCGGCUCCGGAGUUGGGGGAGAGCCCAGGGUUUCAGUCGCUUUGGAGGAGGCGUGAAUCGCGCAGGGAUUGACUAAUUGGGGGUGGGGGGCGCGGUGGGCGAUGGAGCAGCCCGAGGACAUGGCGUCGCUGAGCGAGUUCGACUCCUUGGCGGGCAGCAUCCCGGCCACCAAGGUGGAGAUCACCGUGUCCUGCAGGAACCUUUUGGACAAAGACAUGUUUUCCAAGUCCGACCCACGUAAGUCCUGCUCUGACACUGACAACAGUAACAACAGCAACGACAUUGAGACGGAUUGCAGUGACACGCGGGAGCCCUUCCCCUGAGCUCUAACGCUGUGCCGGGCCCCGUGGCGGGUGCAUCCAGGCUGUUGACUGUUUUACUGAAACUGUCUGGAGAAGGAGAACUGCGGGUCUGACCCUUCCGCCGCAGGAACUUGUGAAGACUCAACCCAGCCGCGGGGGUUCGCAGGGGUUCAGGGUGUCUGGGGCCAGGAGUUCUCAGUCCCAGGGAAACCAUAUGUGUCAUGUAUACUCAAGGGAUGGAGAACAAGCAGUGGCGGGAGUUCGGACGCACCGAAGUCAUUGACAACACACUCAAUCCCGACUUUGUGCGCAAAUUCAUCGUGGAUUACUUCUUUGAGGAGAAGCAGAACCUCCGUUUUGACCUAUACGACGUUGAUUCGAAGAGCCCUGAUUUAUCCAAACACGAUUUCCUGGGCCAGGCCUUCUGCACCCUCGGAGAGAUCGUGGGGUCCCCUGGGAGCCGCCUGGAGAAGCCCCUCACGAUAGGAGCAUUCAGCCUGAAUUCCAGGACAGGCAAACCCAUGCCAGCGGUGUCCAAUGGAAGUGGUCUUUGGAUGGAAAGUUUGAGAACCACUGGUCUGGAAGCCUCCGGUGGUGUCCCAGGGAAGAAAUGUGGCACCAUCAUCCUGUCUGCCGAGGAGCUGAGCAACUGUAGGGAUGUAGCCACAAUGCAGUUCUGUGCCAACAAGCUGGACAAAAAGGAUUUCUUUGGGAAGUCCGACCCCUUCUUGGUGUUCUACAGAAGCAAUGAGGAUGGAACGUUCACCAUCUGCCACAAGACCGAGGUCAUGAAGAACACCCUAAACCCAGUCUGGCAAACCUUCUCCAUUCCUGUGAGAGCACUCUGCAAUGGGGACUAUGACCGGACCAUCAAGGUGGAGGUGUAUGACUGGGAUCGGGAUGGCAGCCACGACUUCAUUGGAGAAUUCACCACCAGCUACCGGGAGCUGGCCCGCGGUCAGAGCCAGUUCAACAUCUACGAGGUGGUAAACCCGAAAAAGAAAAUGAAGAAAAAGAAAUACGUGAAUUCUGGCACCGUCACGCUGCUUUCCUUUGCUGUGGAGUCCGAGUGCACAUUUCUUGACUACAUCAAAGGAGGGACCCAGAUCAACUUCACAGUGGCCAUCGAUUUCACGGCCUCCAAUGGGAACCCGUCGCAGUCCACGUCCCUGCACUACAUGAGCCCCUACCAGCUGAACGCCUAUGCGCUGGCGCUGACUGCCGUCGGGGAGAUCAUCCAGCACUACGACAGUGACAAGAUGUUUCCCGCCCUUGGCUUCGGGGCCAAGCUGCCCCCUGACGGAAGGGUGUCCCAUGAGUUCCCGCUGAAUGGCAACCAGGAGAACCCCUCCUGCUGUGGCAUCGAUGGCAUCCUGGAGGCCUACCACCACAGCCUGCGCACCGUGCAGCUCUAUGGCCCCACCAACUUCGCCCCUGUGGUCACCCAUGUGGCCAGGACCGCGGCCGCAGUGCAGGAUGGCUCCCAGUACUCGGUGCUGCUCAUCAUCACAGAUGGGGUCAUCUCGGACAUGGCACAGACCAAGGAGGCUAUUGUCAAUGCUGCCAAACUCCCCAUGUCCAUCAUCAUCAUCGGCGUGGGCCAGGCAGAGUUCGACGCCAUGGUGGAGCUGGAUGGUGAUGACGUGCGGAUCUCCUCACGGGGGAAGCUGGCAGAGCGGGACAUUGUCCAGUUCGUGCCCUUCAGGGACUACGUGGACCGCACGGGCAACCACGUGCUGAGCAUGGCACGCCUGGCCCGCGAUGUGCUGGCCGAGAUCCCUGACCAGCUGGUGUCCUACAUGAAGGCACAGGGCAUCCGUCCGCGCCCCCCGCCUGCGGCCCCAGAGCCCUCACCCCCACGGUCCCCAGCCCGCACCCCUCCUGCCUCCCCCCUGCACACACACAUCUGAGCACUCUUCCUGAAGGCCCCUGGCCUGUGGCAGGCGGCUCCCUGGGUGGGGCAGUGGAAGCACAGCUGGGGUCCCCAGCCCCCCUUAAAAUAUGCCAUGCCUAGCCUUUGUGUGUGCCUUUUGUGUGUGCCUGGGAGGCCGGCGGGGGGGACGGGGCCUCUGAAGACUCCUCUCUCAUUUCCUGGCCUCAGGGCCCAAACCUGGGGAAUUGGAGGGUAUGGGUGGUGGAGAUGAGGUUCCGGGCCCCUGCUCUUCUCAUGUCCCCGUGACAUCUGGUUUUAGCCCAGCCAGGAAAGGGUUAAUGAUCAGGAGGAUUGGGGUCCCCCUCAGCCCACCUGGGCAUUCCCAUCUGCUCCUCUCUGGCCCUGAAGCCUGAGCUGGGCCUCUCUCCUCCGGGGCCCUAGGCGCUCUCCUCCUCCUGUGCAGUCUACUCCUACACCUGGCCCCUGGCCCCUUCCCCCCCCCCAGUAUCUCCCCCAUCCCUAUUUCUAGUGAACCUUGUGAGGCUGAUGGGUCUGCAGGGAUGCCCGAACAUGUGGCCCCUCCCAGGACACUUGCAUGCCACGGGUGCCCAGCGGACCCAUGAAGGGGAGGCUGUGUGAUGGGAGGCCGUAGGCCACAUGAUAGGCUAGGAAUGGGGGCUUUUCAGGCACAGAGUCCUUUCUGGUGCCUCUCAGGCCAAGAAUGACACUGGUUUUAGAUACACAGAUCCACAGGCCUCUCUGUGGUGUGGGCCCACAGGCACCUUACAGUUGACUCCUGGCUCCAGGCAUCCCCUUCUCUUGCCAAGGCGGCCCCGGGGCCCUUGGAGCCCAGUCCUCUGCUGCCCCCCUGGAGGCCUUGGAACAGUCCAGCCCCAGCACUCCCACACUGCCCCUCUCUCCCACAGAGAUAGGAGUUCUGAGUUCGAGUCCUGCAUACAGCCCCUGCCUGUGAGAACCCAAGGAAGGCCCUUCUGCCUUCUGGGACUCAGAAGUAGGGCAAGAGGGUUGACCAGAUGGUCCCAGGUUUGCCUUCAGCUCUGGUGUCCUGAGAGUCCAUUCAUGCCAUGCCCAGCUUCCCCCGUCCCACUCCUCAGCAGUGUGACUGCUUACUCCAGGCCGUCUUGGCCCUUAAGGUCACCCUGUUCCAUCCUGUCACCUCAAGUCCACCCUAGUCCGUCAGCCUUGGGCUCUGGUGUCUGAGCCUAAGCCCCUGCCUCUGCUGUGGGGAAGGUGAGAAGGGUGAUCUCACCCCCGGGCCCAUCGAGCUGCCCAGCCUUUACCCACACAGGGAGCAAGUCGUGCAUGUGCGCCCCUCCCGCAGCAUGGGGCUCCUCAGCCCACUCCACAUCCCAUGCCUGGGUGGACACCAGGCCCCCUCUGUCCGCUGCCCCACACCACUUCCCUUCCUGUCAUGCAUGAUGGUGGUGUUUCUACGCUGUCUGGUCCUGUGCCCGUCUCUGAGGCAGUCUCUGUGUGGAAUUUGCCUUAAAACUGAAGUAAACUUGGUUCUUUUAGUAAAGUUCCUUGUUUUCCUUUCUC